AUGGCUUUCAAGAUUGGAGAUCUCCUGGCCCAGAUCAGCGGUAGUGAUGAGGGGUCUUCCGUACCCCCCAAACAGGGCCUGGUCCGGUCGAACACGUUACCCAAGAGGAAGGCCGACGAUGAUCCUCGAUCGAGUAUUUCAAAGGCACCUCGAGUGACCACAUUAUCCAGUACCGUGGCACCACGAACGACACAAUCCCCUACUGCUGUCUCAAGACCCAACCUCCCAUCACGACCCGCCGACAGAUCGAUACCCUCACAACGACCCUCGAACCCCUCGAAUGGCAGUAGUAAACCAUCCGUCUUGUCGUCCAAACCCAUGAAUGGGGGUAACAGGGUCUCCAAGCCUGUUGCCCCCAGCAGACCGUCACCGGGUCCCGCUAGCGCAUCUUCAGCACCACCGAAGAAGGGGUCUUUCGCCGAGAUUCUUGCUCGGGCUCAGAAGGCCCAGCAAUCGAUGGGACAAGUUGGUAAGAUCCAACACAAGAAGGUUGAAGGUGGUGCGUUGAAGAAGGUCAAGGAGGAGCCACCUGCCAAGGUCGAUCCUCGAGCAGCCAAAAGUAUGAAGCAACGUUCAGCACCUGCUCCCUCAGGCUACUCCGGUACAGCGAAACCAGGUCAAAGGCCAGCUCAACGGAAUGGCGCGCCUGUGUCUGGAACCGGAAGGGAUCCGCGUAACGGAAAACCCUUACCUCCGUCAAAAGCAGAACGUGGCAAGAUAGCCGGCAGCAAGUCCUCAGGCAGAGCUGCACCCCCUGAGGAAGAAACCAAGAAGGUGAAGAAGGCCGCCAUGGCUACGACUGGUUAUACUGGCACAGCCAGACCCAGACCAGGAGGUGACGUCGGCAAGAAGAAGAAGGAAGCCCCUCGUGGUGGCGCAUUACUCAGUGCCCCACGAGCUCCUCGUCCAUCACGUUCAAAGUCACGAUUUGAAGACGAUUACGACGAGGAUCUGGAUGAUUUUAUUGACUAUGACGAUGAAGAAGACGACGGUGGUCCACGAUAUGAUUAUGCUUCCGAUGGUUCUUCAGAUAUGGAGGCGGGCAUGGAUGAUAUCGACGACGAAGAGCGGCAAGCAGAGCGACUUGCCAAAAUCGAAGAUCUCAAAGAAGAGCGACUCGAGAAGCAACUCAAGGCCGAGAAAGAGGCUCGUAAGCGACAGGCCUUGGAAGCCAUGCGUGGUCGGCGCUGA